AAGAAGAAUUAGACGAAAGCAGCAGUACAAUGACAGUGGACAUGAAAAGCAUGACGAGCUUGUGAAACGCCAGUACAGGUCAAUGUAGUUCUCGUAACAGCUUCAAGGCUUUUAGCCCUCUCACGUUCAGUCUUCAGAAUUGCUUAAUCUAAGAAGAGUGAAUGAAGACUGUAGCGGUGCUUGGAGGAGGGAUCGGGGGUUUGGCAGCAUGUUACUACCUCUGCAGGAGCCCCCAGGUUACCAAGGUUAUUCUAUUGGAAUCAAGUGCUCGGUAUGGAGGUUGGUUGUGGUCUACCAGGAGGUCAGAUGGGGCAGUGUUUGAACAUGGACCGAGAGGGAUCCGACCUGCUGGGCCAGUAGGAUGGAAUACACUCAAUAUAGUGGCUGACCUGGGUCUUGAGAACGAAAUUCUGCCCGUCACCUACAGUCAUGUAGCUUCCAAGAACAGAUAUCUUUAUGUUAAUGACCAACUACACAAGAUGCCUUCAGGAAUAGGUGGAGUGGUCUGGACAGUCCCUCCAUUCUCUCGUCCCCUCCUGCUUAGCAUUGCCAAGGAGAUACUGGUGAAAAAAGGCACGGAAGAGGACGAGUCAGUCCACUCCUUUGUCUCCAGAAGGCUGGGGAAAGAGCUUGCAGACAUUGCCAUAGACAGUUUGUGUCGUGGUGUGUUUGCAGGGGACAGCAGGAAGUUGAGCGUGCGCUCCUGUUUUCCCUUCCUCUACAAUGCAGAGCAGCACAGAGGUUCCCUGGUGCUGGGCAUGCUACUGGGCUCAGGUCCCACGCCUAAUGUCAUCCCGGGUCCACUGGCCCAGAGGUCCCGCACAGAGUCUUGGGCCCAGUGGUCUCUACGCAGGGGAUUAGAGUCCCUCCCACAGGCUAUCACUGAUUUUCUUGCACAGAGUGGGAGGGUGGAACUUCACAGAGAUGCCACGGUCAAACAGCUCUGCCUCUCUGCCUCAGGCUGGGAGAUCCACUUGGAGGAUGGAGUUAUAUCAGCUGACCACAUCAUCUCUGCUCUGCCAGCUAAAGCGCUCUCAUCAGCACUGCCCUCCUCCUUUCAACACCUCAUCCAACAGCUACAGGACAUUUCCACUGUAACAGUUGCUGUGGUCAACCUGGAGUAUGAGGGAUCCAUCCUGCCUGUAAUGGGUUUUGGCCACCUGGUCCCAUCAUCAGAGGAUCGGGGUUUACUAGGAGUGGUCUAUGACUCUGUUCCAUUCCCUCAACACAACGCUCCUAAUGGAGAGUCUACAAGACUCACGGUGAUGAUGGGCGGGGCCUGGUUCCAGGAAGUGUUUGGGACUCCAGAGACAAUAACAGAGGAGUGUCUCUUAGCAACAGCCACUGAAGCAGUCCAACGCCACCUGGGAGUUACAGCAUCACCCUGCUGGAGUAGGGUGGCUCUGCAAAAGGACUGUAUACCUCAGUACCAUCUGGGACACUGGCAAAGAGUGGAGUCCAUGCGUAGCUACAUAAAAAAGAAUCUCCUCCCGCUGUCUCUGGCUGGAUCCUGCUAUGAUGGUGUAUCUGUGAAUGAUGUCAUCAUAAGUGGACGUACUGCUGCAGAGGGGCUGCUUGGAACUGGAGUGUGAUGGAGCAUAUCAGUCAUAUAUAUGUAUAUCUAUAAAUAUAUAUAGAUAUAUAUGUAGGAAAAUCAGUACAUCUGUGUGAUUAACAAUGUAAAUUUGAUUGUCCAACACAAGCUUUUGUUUGAACAUUUUCAGAAUCAUUUGUAAGGACUGACUGUAGUAGACCCAUACAGUCCAUGCAUUUAUUGUCAUUCAAUUAAUUACAAAAAAAAGACCAUUACAUUUUAUCUGUUACCUUCAAGUACGUCUGUGUAAAUGUGUUUGAAUAACCAAUAAAGCGAGAUCCAACUCCAUGCAGAGUAGACUUGUAAGCACUAAGAAAUGCUCCUUAAAGGCAGAGUCAGCAAGUUAGAGAUUUUCAAAUGUUGUGGUUAAAAUGAAUUAAAAAACAUUUAUUUAUUGCUA